AUGGACGAUGAAACAAGACUAGAGGAGUUGUGGAAGACCUUUUUGCUUAUAGCUUCUCCAAAUUCAAAUAAAUCCAAUUCAUCCAUAAAGAGCUCUGCAUCUCUACCACCAGAUCUACAAACUCCAGCCAACCGUAAAUUAAUCACACGAGGAAGACGUUUCCGUCGCCGGCGUGCCUCUACAUCAGGAUUACCAGACACAAAGGGUGUUCAAAGUGUGUCACAACCCCGUCGAUUCAGAAGGCGACGGAAAGACCACAUUGCAAAAUUCCAUCCAGAUGUAGUGGGUGUUACAUUUUUGGAGAUUUCGCACGCCAAUAACUUACCACCAGAAAGAAACAUGACAAGAACAGGAUUUGAUAUGGACCCUUUUGUGGUGGUGUCUUUUGGUACCUCUACCUUCCGGACCAGUUCAAUUCGACAUAACCUCAAUCCAGUUUGGCAAGAAAAAUUAUUCUUCCACGUCCGGCACAAUGAAUCUGCCUAUCAUCUCAAGUUUGCCGUAUACGACAAAGAAAAGUUUACAGGAAACGAUCUUGUCGGCAGUGCUGUCAUGCCCAUCAUGGAUAUCAUUCGACAGUCUGCCGAAAAAAAGAAAUCGAUGAGCACUACAGAAAUGCCUGAUAAUUCGAUUCAUCAGGAUAUGGAUUUACACACGCUCACACUUCAUAUGGAGAACGAAGACAAAUGGAAAGAUAGAAACGCUACUCUCACAAUCCGUGCGAAAUUUGUACCGUAUGAUGAAAUGCGGAAGAUGUUUUGGAUUGCCUUGGCAAAAACUUAUGAUGUGGAGGGAAGUGGGACAAUGAGUCGCUUAGAAGUUCAGUCUAUGUUAGAAACCAUCGGAUCCACAAUUACAGAGGCUACUCUAGAUUCGUUCUGGCGUAAGCAUGGCAGGGAUCCGACAAAUGAAGCAGACGAACUUCCACUUGAAGACUUGGUAGAAUGUUUCGAAUCCCAUAUGCUGGCUGCCAACGAACAUCCUUCGACUGCAGCGGAAUUAGACCCAAGUUCCACAGAGAAAGAAAGCAGCGAAGACAAUAAAGAGACAGACGAUUGUUUUCUUUCCUCGUACUCGGAUGAAGGUGGAUCCGAAGACGAUGAUGACGACGAAGACGACGAGGACGAUAUCGAUGAAGAUGUAGAAGUAAUUGGACAAUGUGAAAAGGUCAUUCGAUUAUCUGAGUGUCCUAUUUGUCAUCGAUCAAAUCUCUCAAAACGAGCCCAAAUGGAUAUUGUGGCUCAUGUAGCUACUUGUGCUGCAAACGACUGGACUACUGUCGACAGAUUUCUUAUGGGUAAUUUCCUUACCGAAGCAUACGCACAAAGAAGAUGGUUUAUAAAACUAGUUAGUAAGGUGGGAUAUGGAAAGUACUCCCUUGGCACAAAUAAUGCCAAUAUUAUCGUCCAAGACCGUCGAACGGGACAAUUGAUUGAAGAAAGAAUGAGUGUCUACAUCCGUCUUGGCAUGCGAUUGGUCUAUAAAGGCACGAAUACAGGAAUUCAGUCAAAAACAGCUCAGCGUAUCUUAACCAACAUGACCUUACGUCAGGGCCGCCGAUUCGAUGCGCCUAUCUCAGUACGGGAAAUACCCGCAUUCAUAAAAUUCCACAAGAUUGACAUGUCUGAGGUCCUCCAGCCUCUCAGUUCGUUCAAUUCCUUCAACGAAUUCUUCUACAGAGUCCUAAAGCCUAACUCUCGUCCCUGCGACUCGCCUGACAAUCCAGAUGUUGCAGUCAGUCCGGCCGACUGUCGUAUGAUGGCAUUCGGAACGGUAGAUGAUGCUACUCGUCUUUGGAUCAAAGGAAUCGAGUUUAGUUUGUCCAAGUUACUAGAUGAUCCAAACGCACAGAUCACAUUUGGAGGCGGAUCUCUCGCUGUCUUCCGAUUGGCUCCCCAAGACUACCACCGAUUCCAUUCUCCCGUAGAUGGUACUAUUACAAGCAUUCGCUAUGUAGCAGGUCAAUACUAUACUGUCAAUCCUAUUGCAGUGCGCACAACAUUGGAUGUAUUUGGUGAGAAUGCUCGAGCCGUUGUAUCUAUUGAUUCUGAGCGAUUUGGAAAGGUCUCUGUUGUCUGUGUGGGCGCCAUGAUGGUUGGUUCCAUCAUAAUCACGGCCAAGGUUGGUAUGAAGCUUUCAAGAACGGACGAGCUUGGAUACUUUGCCUUUGGAGGCAGUACUUUGGUAGUAAUCUGGCAAAAGGACGUGAUUGAGUUGGACAAAGAUCUCAUUAACAAUUCAAAAAACACAAUGGAAACAUUGGUGCGUGUUGGUAAUCAUAUUGGUACACGCCGUCCUUCCGCUACAUCUCAAAUAUGCCAAUAG